UUAUGUGUGUAUCUUUAGCGUAUCUUAGUGUAUCUCCGAUACAAUACGAUACUAUCCGAUACGUAUCUUAAUUUUAACUGACCGAUACGAUGAUCGAUACCGAUACUUUAAUCCUUGGUCAUCACAAUGACAUUCCACAAUCUCAAUUUAGAUUUAGCACGGAUAUCUUUGUAUCCACAACACUUUGGGUAAGCCAUAAAAAUUGCCACUGCUAGGAAGGUCUUCCUGUCGCAUUCAAUGACUUUUCGCGGCCGGCUUAAUUGACAAUCCCAUUGAAUUCCUGUCGCACUCAUCAUAAUUUUCGACUCCACAUGGUUGCAAUUGGCUGGCCACUCGUUUCAGCGCGUGAGGGGUCUAGUGACUCUUGAAUAGUCGACACCGACUGGCUACCAAUGUUGAUGAAGAAAUGAAAUCAUGGAGAAGUCAUUUUGGAGAGGGCAAAGAUUCCUGUGACACCUGCGCCAGCACUUGCUCUUUACAGUUUCAAGGCUUCUAAUGGAGGUACAUUUUAGAAUUCCAAAUCCAGAUGCCAUGUUUUCCGUUUUAAAGCUUACGGUUUUCCUCCUAUUCAUGAGAAUUAAUGAGGCAGCCUCGCCAGGAGUAGUUGAUUUUACCUAUAACGGAUUCAGUGAUGCUGACAUGGGGCUGAACGGCAUAGCCGAGAUCACAUCCAAUGGCCUUCUCAUACUGACUGAUGCCUCCAAAAGGCCCAACAUAGAGCAGCGGGGCCGUGCCUUCUACGUUAGCCCAAUCAACUUCCUCGAUCCAUCCUCAUCCGGUGGCGCCGCUGCUCUCUCCUUCUCUACCACUUUCGUAUUUGCCAUCAUACCUAAGAAACCCGAAUUGGGCGGUCACGGGAUUGCCUUUUUCAUCUCACCCACAACAGCCCUCCCAUCUCGUAAUCUUCCAGGCCAAUAUCUUGGCCUCUUCAAUGCCAGCAACAUUGGCAAUGGCUCCAAUCAUUUAUUCGCAGUCGCAUUCGAAACCGAACAGAGCAUCGAGUUCAAUGAUAUCAACGACAACCACGUGGGUAUCGAUAUCAAUGGAUUACAGUCUGUUGAAUCCGCUUCGGCAUCCUAUUUCGAUAAGAACGGUCGGUACAAGAACCUAAGCCUCAUCAGUGGCGACUCCAUGCAAGCCUGGGUUAAUUACGAUGGUGUACACAAGCAGCUCAAUGUCACAAUAGCUCCAAUCAAUGUUUCUAAACCGGCUGUUCCCCUCUUGUCUAUGUCUCUUGAUCUUUCUCCGCUCAUGAAGGACCCCAUGUUUAUCGGUUUCUCAUCUUCUACUGGUUCCCUUCCCACUUCCCACUGUGUGUCGGGAUGGAGUUUCAAGCUCCACGGGCGAGCAAACGAACUCAAUCUCACCCAACUUCCCACGCUUUCCAACCACCAGUUUAAACAGAAAACGCCUAUUCUGAUUAUCGUGCUUCCUGUAAUUGCUGCUGUUUUAGUGUUAGCGACGAUCUUUGGCAUCCUGAUCAUGGUGAAAAGAAAGAGAAAAUAUGCACAAGUGCUUGAAGAAUGGGAACACGAUUAUGGGACUCAUAGGUUCAACUAUAAAGAUCUCUAUGUGGCUACUAAGGGGUUUAAGAACAAGGAGCUACUGGGUAUUGGUGGCUUUGGUAAGGUGUAUAAAGGUGUAUUACCCAACUCCAAUAUCGAAGUUGCAGUGAAGAAAAUCUCCCAUAACUCUAGACAAGGUAUGAAGGAAUUUGUCGCUGAGAUCGUUACCAUAGGUCAACUACGGCAUCGGAACCUAGCAACGCUCUUGGGGUACUGCCGGCGUAAAGGAGAACUCCUCUUGGUUUAUGAAUGCAUGCCCAAUGGAAGUCUUGACAAGUUCCUCUUCGAUCCAUCUAUGCCGGUGCUGAAUUGGAGUCAAAGGUUUCGAAUUAUUAGAGGUGUAGCAUCUGCUCUGUUUUAUCUGCACGAAGGAUGGGAUCAGGUUGUGGUUCACAGAGAUGUCAAGUCCAGUAAUGUUCUAUUGGACGGGGAAUUCAAUGCAAGAUUAGGAGAUUUUGGACUUGCGAGAUCAUAUAACCAUGGAACUGAUCCUCAAACAACACAUGUGGCUGGGACGCUUGGUUAUCUUGCACCAGAACUUUCAAGAACUGGAAAAGCCAACCCGAACACAGAUGUGUUUGCAUUCGGGACUUUUAUGUUGGAAGUUGCUUGUGGAAGAAAGCCAAUAAAUCCAAGAGCAUCAACAGACCAGGAUUUGGUGUUAGUAGAUUGGGUGUUCUCUUGUUGGAGCAGAGGAGCAAUUCUUGACACAGUGGAUCCAAAAUUGGGAAUCAAUUACGUAGAGAAGGAAAUGGAGUUGGUGUUGAAGCUUGGAUUGCUUUGCUCUAAUUGGGUUCCCACAGGAAGGCCACCCAUGCGACAUGUGUUGCAGUAUUUGGAGGAAGAACUUCCUCUACCAGACCUGUCAUCUCUUAGUCUGAAUGCUAAUGGCGGAACAUUUGUGGAUGGCCAAGGCUUUGAUGAUUUGGUAACGCGACUCACGGUUCCUUCACCAUCUGUUUCAGAGUGGAUACUCUCUGGAGGACGUUGAUUCUCACCCUAUUGGGGUUUGUUAUAGCAAUUGUUUGUGACGUAAAUACCAAAACCACUAUGUUUGUGA